GAGAGAGAUACAAACAAUUUUCUUUAUGUUGGCCAAUUUAACCAAACCCCUUCUUCGACUAAGGAGACACAUUUCAGAUCCUCAACCUUCAACACCGCCACUAUUUGCUUCCCUCCCACUGCGACCAUCACUGCUACAAAUCAAGCAAACGCCGUCGUUUCGGGCAAUGCCCGGUUCAUCCUUCACAUUCUCUCUCUACUCUCUCUCUCUUCCUUCACUCCCUUCCCACUCGAGUAUUGCAUCUCCAUCUUCAGCUCAAUCGAGUUCCCCACCGUCUUCGCCUUCAACAACAUGAUCCGCUGCCACGCCAAGGCAAACUCGCCGCCGUCAGAGUCGAUUGCCAUUUACUCCGCCAUGCUGCGGCGGCGGCGUUUCGUCAAGCCCAACCAGCAUACCUUCACCUUCGCUCUCCACGCGUGUACUAAACGCGCCGCCUCGGGAUUGGGCUCAGGGGUUCAGGUUCACGCCCAUGUGGUCAAGCUUGGUUUCGCGCGCGAUGUUUUCGUUCGGAACGCGUUGAUUCACUUGUACUGUGAGUGUGGUUCUAGCGUCGAGAGUUUCAAAAGGGUUUUCGAGGAAGAGGAAGAUACCCUUUGCAGUGAUGUGGUCACGUGGAACUCCGUGUUGGCUGGGUUGGUGAGGAACGGGGAGAUUCGUGAUGCGGAGAAAGUGUUUGAUGAAAUGCCUGAGAGAGAUGUUGUCUCGUGGAGCACUAUGAUAAUGGGGUAUGUCCAAAAUGGACUCUUGGAGGAUGGGUUGGAGUGUUUUAGUGUGAUGAGGGAGAAAGGGAUUAGACCCAAUGAGGCAGCAUUGGUUAGUGUUCUUUCAGCUUCGGCUCAGUUGGGUUUGUUAGAGUCUGGGAGGUUUGUUCAUUCCACCAUUGAGUCCUUGAAGUUUCGGAUAACUGUUCCCGUAGGAACUGCUCUGGUUGACAUGUAUGCGAAGUGUGGUUGCAUUGAGAAGUCGAGGGCGUUGUUUGAAUCGAUUUCAGGAAAGGAUAUAUGGACAUGGAAUGUCAUGAUUUGUGGGUUGGCUUCGCAUGGUCUUGCGAAGGAUGCGCUUGCGCUCUUUCACAAGUUCUUAAGUGAGGGUUUUAUUCCGGUGAAUGUGACUUUUGUUGGAGUCCUAAAUGCUUGUAGCAUGGGUGGUCUUGUUAGUGAAGGCAAGCGUUACUUUAACUUAAUGGUGGAUUGUUACGGCAUUCAACCUGAGAUGGAGCACUACGGGUGCAUGGUUGAUCUCCUGGCUCGUGCUGGUUUAGUGGAUGAAGCCGUUCACUUGAUUGAAACGAUGACAGUAGAACCGGACCCUGUACUGUGGGCAACACUGCUUGAUGCGUGUAAGGUUCAUGGGUUUGUGGAUAUGGGUGAGAAGAUUGGAAAUAAGUUGAUACAGUUGGAUCCAAUGCAUGAUGGGCAUUAUGUACAGUUAGCUGGAAUCUACGCGAAAGCAAGAAAAUGGGAAGAUGUAGUUAGAGUUCGUAAAUUAAUGAUUGAGAAAGUCAGCAAGAAAGUUGCAGGUUGGAGUUUGGUUGAACUGGAGGGUGGAAUUCAUCACUUUGUUGCAGGGGACAAAGACCAUGACUGUUCUUCAGACAUAUACAGAAUGCUUGAAACAAUAGGACAGGGGAUAACUGCAGCUGGUUACCCAUCAGUACAUCUUACCUGUGUUGCAUGAUACAGGAGAAGAAAAAUGUGAUUGUUCACUAUCAGUGUACUAGAAUGUAUGUUAUGACAGACACUAAAAAAUUAAAAUAAAUUUGCAAAAUAAAAAGGACGGUACAACUCUCUAAAUUAGAAAAGACUCACUUGGUCUAGGUAUGGCAACAGAUUUGACAAUGAAUAGUUUUGUUUUGCAUGAUUUCCUCCAUUCUCAUAUAGCUCUUACCCUUCAAUUACAAACCCCAGCACCCAACACAACUUCGUCCCCUCUCUUUCAUCACCAUUCACCUACCAUAUUACUCCACACCGUUCCUUCUCCCCUACUCUACACACUUGACACCAAAACUAACUCCUUCACUUAACGCACUCAAUGCACCUCAUCUUCCUGCGCUACCCGCCAUCUUCAGCUCUUCACACACACACACACACUACCCGCCAUCUUCAGCUCUUCACACACACACACACACGCCAAAGAUUCGCCCACUCACAACUUGCAUGCAUGUAACCAGAAUUCAAACACUCAGGAAAGGGAUUAUUAGCCAAAAUCUUUAGUCAAAGCAUUUGAGAUUUCACUUCAGCUAGUAGUCAUUAACACAGGUGUCAGUAGGCUUUUGACCUGAAUAUCCAAUAUUUAUGUCCAAUGAAAUAUAGUAAGUCAUAGCUUGGGGCUUCCCAUGUUCAUGAUAAUCAGAGUCUGCAUAAUUGUUUAUCAACAAUAGAAAUAUCUGUUCUAGAGGAUUGAAUCGCGCUUCUUGAACUUCUUGUGGCAUGGUAUUUGGUCUGGUAUGGGCGGAUCAAUGUAACUAAUAAUUGGGCUGACCAAACUUAUGUAUCAAAUGGGCCGGGUAACCCAUGAUCCAACCGGAUUGAAACCCAAGCUAUAAAUAACAGGCACCGCCCAAGCGGCGAGGGGACCUAUCAUUUCACGCAAUUUUUUUAGUUUUCA